UGCAGCGUGGUACUAUAAACCAGAAUUUCGAUCACUGCUACCUUACUUAAGUUUUAUGCAUAGCAAAUAUGGAUACUUUCAUUUUCCAGAAUUAAUGACAUAAUAGAUUCAAAAUAUACAUCAUGACGCGCCAAAGAACUCAGAAAUUUGUGGACAAAUGGAACUGCAUAGCGCACACUGCACAGGUCCUAGCGUCCUACUAACCUGAUCUACCUCACUACCUGGGAGCGAAUGUUGGAGUAUGUGUCGUUAAACAAGAGAAGUUGUAAAAGAAGAGAGUAUUUUGGAUAGGUGAAAAAUAAAGGAAUCUUAUCAAACGUAGGAAUAUAUUUCAUUUUAUACGAAGAUCUAAGGGAUAAAAUCAGUUUGCGUGUACAAUAUCUGAAGGCUAAAAUUGGCUGUAACUUGAUCAACGUCUUCAUCCGCGAGGUUUUUGCUACUUUUGGUGUAAAGUGUUCGACAUUAGCAAAUAAAGCAGGAAACAUUUUCGUUACGAUGCGCUGCCGAAUCGAGUUCUCAACAUGUGUUUAGACCUGAGUUAGUAUGUCGUAGCAAAUGAGGAGCCUUGGCAGACAGAGUUGGUGUUAGGUGACUUCACUAGUUUUUUCCCCUAAACUACUUUGAUGUCCACAAUUAAAAUUCAAUGGAAGUUCUGAAAAUUCAUGAACAUCCUAAUCUGGUAGAAGAGUGUUGCAGUCUGAUAAAUAUGGAAUGGCCAAGGAGUAAGACAGCAAGGUUACGCACUCUUCAGCAGUCUUCAGACAGCCUGCCAAUGUCUUUAGUAUUGGUAAAAGAUCAACAUGUAAUUGGCCAUAGCAAACUGACACCUUUACCAGCAGAGCCAAAUGCAUGCUUUGUGGAAUCUGUUGUUAUUCAUCCAUCAUAUCGCAAACAAGGUCUCGGCAAGGCACUCAUGAAUGCAUCAGAGAAUGAAGCUCAAAAGCUCGGUCUUCACACAGUCUAUUUAUCAACUAUCGACCAACAAGGUUUCUACCUGAAACUUGGAUACACAGAAUGUGCUCCAGUUUCAGUUUAUGGCUGUCCUAUAGCAAAGUGGAAUUCAUCACAUAGUAUGGUCCACAACAACAUGCUCAGUGACCUAGAACUGCAAAACGAAGUUUCACCACUAGACAGCAGAACUCUAACAAAAGAUACUGUGCCACUACAGCAUGAAGCUAUUUCACUACUGCCAUGUCAACUUCCUCCUCCUCCUCCUCCUCCACCACCACCACCACCACCACCACAGUCAUUACCUUUGGCACCAACACAGAAACAAAGAAAGACUUUUAUGAAAAAAGUACUUUAAUAUGUGUUACAAUAAGAAACUUAAAAUGUUUAUUGUGAGGUCCAGGUAUACAUGACAACACACAAUAAUUUACUAUUUUUUCAAAUCUUGUAUUUUCAUAAUGUUAAAGUACUGCUGAUGCACAUCUCCAUGCUAUUCUGUCCUGUGCGAGCCUCUUCAUCUCCAAAUAACUGUUGCAACUAACAUCCUUCUGAAUCUUCUUAUUGUAUACAUCUUUUGGUCUCCUUCUACUAUAACCCCCCCCCCCCCC